GCGGCGCGGCCGCUGCCGGCUGCGGCCGAGCCCAAACGCACCAAAACACACAGGGACUUCCUCCUCGAAGAGAUGGCCUGGCUCGCCAAGGAGUUCCAGAAAGAGCGGAGCUGGAAGAUGAAGCAGGCAAAGAAGUACGUGCGCGCUGUGGUGCGCUCCAAUAUGGACGUGGAGUCGCGCGCGGUCGUGCGCCAGAGGGAGGCCGAGCUCGCAAUCCGCCGCCGGGCUGCAUGGAUCGGCAAAGAAGUCAUGCAGUUCUGGAAGAAGGCGGAGCGGGUGGUGGCGUACAAACAGCAGAGCGUGGUUGACGCGCGCAAGAAGGAGGCCAUGGACAAGCACCUCUCCUUCCUGGUCGGCCAGACCCAGAAGUACUCCAGCCUCCUCGCCCAGCGCCUGGCAGCCAACGACCAAGACCUCCCCGCCCUGCUCUCGCCGCCACCCAUUCUGUUCCAACAUGGACUGCCGCAGACAGUGCAAACCUUUUCGAGAACAUCUUUCAGCACUAUUGCUCAGCGCGGUGUGUUUGCGUUUGUCGCGCAGGUACCGUUCCUGCUGAAGGGAUCACUGAGGGAGUACCAGCACGUGGGGCUGGAGUGGCUGAUCACCAUCUACACGCGUCGCCUGAACGGCAUCCUGGCCGACGAGAUGGGCCUCGGCAAAACCAUCAUGACCAUCUCCCUGCUCGCCCACCUUGCCUGCGAAAAGGGCGUGUGGGGCCCGCACCUGAUAGUGGUGCCGACGAGCGUGAUGCUGAACUGGGAAGUGGAGUGCAAGAAGUGGUGCCCCGCCUUCAAGCUGCUCACCUACUACGGCAGCGCCAAGGAGCGCAAGGCCAAGCGCCAGGGCUGGUCCAAGCCCAAUGCCUUCCACAUCUGCAUCACCUCCUACACCCUCGUUCUCCAGGACGCAAAGAUGUUCCGGCGGAAGAAGUGGAAGUACCUGAUCCUGGACGAGGCACACAUGAUAAAGAACUGGAAGAGCCAGCGGUGGCAGACGCUGCUCAACUUCAACUCGCAGCGCCGCCUGCUCAUCACUGGGACGCCCCUGCAGAACGACCUCAUGGAGCUCUGGUCCCUCAUGCACUUCCUCAUGCCACAGGUGUUUGCCAGCCAUGCGCAGUUCAAGGACUGGUUCUCCAACCCGCUGACCGGCAUGGUGGAGGGGCAAGAGGCAGUCAAUAAGGCGCUGGUGGAGCGGCUGCACGGCGUGCUGCGGCCAUUCCUGCUGCGGCGGCUGAAGAGCGAGGUGGAGAAGCAGCUGCCGGGCAAGCACGAGCACGUGGUGCGCUGCCGCCUCUCCAAGCGCCAACGCACGCUGUACGAGGACUACAUGGCCUCCUCCGACACCGCCUCCACCCUCACCUCCGGCAACUUCCUGGGCAUCAUCAACGUCCUCAUGCAGCUGCGCAAGGUGUGCAACCACCCGGACCUGUUCGAGGGGCGGCCCAUCGUCUCGGCAUUUGACAUGGUGGGGGGCCUCAGCGCGCAGCUGCCCUCAGCGACAAGGUGUGGAAAGACCGGGUUGCUGAAGGUGCCGGCAAUAUGUGUGCAGGUGCUGCAGACGCCAAAGCAGCUGAUAGAGGAGCUGAACGCCUCUAAGGCUGAGCAGCGUGGCGACCAGAGCGGCCUCAGCAUAUCUUUUGUGGUGAGUAAUGGCUUUCUGCAUGCAAAAGAUCUCAUUUUUAUGUCCAUGUCAUCAAACAGCAGGUGCGCUGUCGCUCUUAUGCAGAAUUUUGUGUUCUCCUUUGGGCAUGUGACUCUAAACAUAUUUCCAGAUAGGGGGCGCCACCUGGACUUUGCGGAUGCUGUAGCCGAUGCAGUCCAGACGUGCCAGAUGCGCGCAGAGCAGCUGGAUGACGAGUUGAAGACCUUCAUGUUCGUCAUCCCCAGGGCGCGGGCCCCCCCGCCAGAGAUAUGGUGCAGCCGUCCGGACCCGAGCGCAGUCGCAGAGGCGGCCGCGCGCGCGGCGGCGCUGCAGGCGGAAGUCUUUGCGCGAUCAGCGCCCCUGCGCACGGCCAUCGUGCGGCAGCAGCUCUUCUUCCCCGACCGGCGGCUGAUCCAGUUUGAUUGCGGCAAACUGCAGGCACGGCCUCCCAUGCCUGACACUCUGCUGCGGCGGCUGAAAUCUGGCGACCACAGAGCCCUCAUCUUCACCCAGAUGGCGCGCAUGCUUGACAUCCUGGAGGUGUUUCUGAACCUGCACGGCUACAGCUACCUGCGCCUGGACGGCACAACCAAGCCCGAGCAGCGCCAGAUCCUCAUGCAGCGCUUCAACACCAACCCCAAGCUCUUCGUCUUCAUCCUUUCCACGCGCUCCGGCGGCGUCGGCAUGAACCUCACGGGCGCCGACACCGUCAUCUUCUACGACUCUGACUGGAACCCAGCCAUGGACGCCCAGGCACAGCCCCCUCAUCCCCUUACUUGGAAACACUGUCUCGACAGGUGCCACCGCAUCGGGCAGACGCGUGAGGUGCACAUCUACCGACUGGUGAGCGAGCGCACCAUCGAGGAGAACAUUCUGACCAAGAGCGACCAGAAGCGCCAGCUGGACCAUUUAGCCAUCCAGUCCGGCGGCUUCAACACC